AUGGAGACUCAAAAUCAAAAUCCGCAAAGCCGACGGGCAGCAGUCUGGCCAGAUGACAUGCAAGAGAUCAAGCACAGCUGGGAACACCAGGGCUUUGACGACCACUCCACCGACGUAUUGGUGCUUCAGCCGACGAGCGCGCAGAUGCAGGACGCAGAGUUCCCCAAACGUUUCAUCGAGGUCGCAGUCAUGCUCGGCGCAGAAGCCACCGGUGCUUUCAAGAUCGCCGUCCCCGCCGACCUGGCAGAGUGGCCACCGCAGCAACUUCCCGGCGGCUCCUCGUACAACCCCAAGGCCGCCGGUGAGCGCUACCGGUCCUACCGGCGCCAGGGGCUCAAGGGCACGGGGUUCGUGCGGCUGCACGACGGGCGCAGGACCGCCAAAGCCGGCCGAAGAGCCGAGGCAGCAGUCGGGCAGGCGGCGGCGGCGGCGACGUGGGGGCGUCCGGCGCCGCAGCCCGACGCAGACGACGCGGCGCGGCUGCUCGACAUGUGGAACCAGCUGCGCACGCCGACGACGCGACUCGCGGCCGGCACGAUGCGGUACAUUGUCGACGUGCCGCUCGAGACGGCGCGCGACCGGCGCCGGGCCGGCGUCCCGGAGCGCUCCCUCAUCUGGCCCCUGGCCGGCAACCACCUGGACGAGUACGCGCCCAUCCCGGGGCUGUGCUACCCGUACAAGUACGAGGGCACGGCCCUGGCCCCGUUCACGUGGCACGUCGAGGACGUCGGCCUGCUGUCGCUCAACCACCUGUUCCAGGGCGUCAAGGUCUGGUUCUGCAUACGCAGCGCGGACAGGCGCGCGGCCGAGGACGUCUUUCGCUCCGCGCCCCUGACCGCGCCCGCCGCGAUAUCGAUACCGCACCACGAGCAGUUCAUGCGGCACAACGCCACGCUGGACGGGCACGCCGCGCUGCGGAGGGCCGGCGUCAGCGUCGUGCCCGUCGUGCAGAGGGCCGGGGAGAUCGUCGUCACGCUGCCCGAGGCGUACCACUCCGGGUUCAGUGCCGGGUAUACAGUGUGCGAAGCGGUCAACUUUGCGGACCGGCCGCUACGGGUGGGCGAGGACAGGGCGUGGUGCACGCUGGCCUGCUCGCCGUGUCCAAUGAACCAUCUUACGUUUCGGCGGCGGUCAGCAGAGGUGGAGAUGGAGACGGAGAAGGAAGGAGGUGAUGAUGGUGUGGUGGCGCCUCGGGAAGGGUUGGACGAGGCCGAGCUUGGCGAACGCAAGCGACUACGGUCUGGAGAUGAUGGGGUUGGUGGUUUGAUUGGUCAGAAACGGGGGAGGAUGGGUGUUGAGGUUGCCCGAUGA